AUGCUAAACAUCCUAAUAACUCACCUAAUCAACCCUCUAGCCUAUAUCGUACCUGUACUUCUAGCAGUAGCCUUCCUAACACUAAUUGAACGAAAAGUACUAGGAUAUAUGCAACUACGAAAAGGACCAAACGUGGUAGGCCCCUACGGACUACUACAACCCAUCGCCGACGGAGUAAAACUCUUCAUCAAAGAACCCGUCCGCCCAUCCACAUCAUCCCCAUUCCUAUUCCUAGCCGCCCCAGUACUUGCAUUAACCCUAGCCAUAACCUUAUGAGCACCAAUACCUAUACCCCACCCAGUAACUGACCUCAACCUAGGAAUCCUAUUUAUUCUAGCCCUGUCAAGCCUUGCGGUAUACUCAAUCCUAGGGUCAGGAUGAGCAUUAAAUUCAAAAUAUGCAUUAAUCGGAGCCCUACGGGCCGUAGCCCAAACAAUUUCGUAUGAAGUUAGCCUAGGACUAAUCCUCUUAUCCGUAAUUAUCUUCUCAGGAGGAUAUACCCUACAAACAUUUAACAUCACCCAAGAAAGCAUUUGACUUCUCAUCCCCGCCUGACCUUUAGCCGCAAUAUGAUAUAUCUCAACAUUAGCCGAAACAAACCGAGCACCAUUCGACUUAACAGAAGGAGAAUCAGAACUAGUAUCCGGCUUCAACGUAGAAUAUGCAGGCGGACCCUUUGCACUCUUCUUCCUAGCCGAAUACGCCAACAUCCUUCUAAUAAAUACCCUCUCAGCCGUCCUAUUUUUAGGAGCCUCACAUAUUCCAAGCGUACCAGAACUUACGACAAUUAAUCUCAUAACUAAAGCCGCACUACUCUCUAUUAUAUUCCUAUGAGUACGAGCCUCGUACCCACGAUUCCGAUACGACCAACUAAUACACUUAGUAUGAAAAAACUUCCUUCCCCUCACACUCGCCUUUGUACUAUGACACACUGCCCUACCAAUUGCACUAGCAGGGCUCCCUCCACAACUAUAA